CGGCGUCGCGCCGGCCAGGCGUCCCUGUGCAGCCUCCGCCGCCGAUGGGAGAGGUGGAGCCCGGGCCCGCGGGCCCGCUGGCGCCCCCGGAGCCGUCCGAAGCGCCCGCGAGCCGCCAGCCUGGAGGGAUCCGGGUUCUGAAGAGAAAUAUGAAACGCAAUGGAAGCAGAAAUUGUUUGAAUAGGAGGAGUAGGUUUGGUUCUCGAGAAAGAGACUGGCUGCGAGAAGAUGUGAAGAGAGGCUGUGUUUACCUUUAUGGAGCAGACACUACCACUGCCACUCCAACCACCACCUCCUCUUCUUCCUCCUCCUCUGACUUGCAUCUUGUCCUUUGCACAGUAGAGACACCAGCAUCAGAAAUAUGUGCUGGAGAAGGCAGAGAAAGUCUUUAUUUACAGCUCCACGGAGACCUGGUCAGGAGACUGGAACCUAUUGAACGACCUCUUCAGAUUGUGUAUGAUUACUUGUCCAAACUGGGAUUUGAUGAUCCUGUGCGUAUACAGGAGGAGGCUACAAAUCCUGACCUUGGCUGUAUGAUUCGAUUUUAUGGUGAGAAACCAUGUCAGAUGGAUCAUCUGGAUCGAAUCUUACUGUCUGGCAUCUAUAACGUACGCAAGGGAAAGACUCAACUGCACAAGUGGGCGGAACGCCUGGUGGUUCUCUGUGGUACCUGCCUUAUUGUUUCCUCGGUGAAGGAUUGUCAAACUGGAAAGAUGCACAUUUUGCCUCUGGUUGGGGGAAAGGUAGAAGAAGUGAAGCGACGGCAGUACUCCCUGGCAUUCAGCUCCGCUGGAGCCCAAGCUCAGACCUAUCACGUCAGCUUUGAGACUUUGGCAGAGUACCAGAGAUGGCAACGGCAAGCGUCCAAGGUGGUGUCCCAGCGCAUCAGUACUGUGGAUCUCUCGUGUUACAGCCUGGAGGAGGUUCCUGAGCAUCUCUUCUACAGUCAAGAUAUCACCUACCUCAACUUGCGACACAACUUCAUGCAGCUAGAAAGACCAGGGGGCCUUGACACGCUCUACAAAUUUUCUCAGCUGAAGGGCCUAAACUUGUCCCACAAUAAACUCGGGUCGUUUCCUGUGUUGUUGUGUGAGAUCUCCACCCUGACUGAGCUCAACCUUUCCUGCAAUGGAUUUCAUGACCUACCAAGUCAGAUUGGCAAUUUGCUAAAUCUUCAAACUCUCUGUCUUGAUGGCAAUUUUCUGACUACUUUACCUGAAGAACUGGGAAAUCUGCAACAGCUUUCCUCCCUGGGAAUUUCGUUCAACAACUUUAGUCAAAUCCCUGAGGUUUAUGAGAAACUCACUAUGUUAGAUAAAGUGGUUAUGGCAGGAAAUUGCCUGGAAGUGCUCAGCCUGGGGGUGCUGAACAGAAUGAGCCAUGUCAAGCAUGUGGACUUGAGGUUGAACCAUUUGAAAACUGUGGUUAUCGAAAAUCUGGAGGGAAAUAAAUACGUCACUCACGUGGAUCUCCGAGACAAUCAGCUGACUGACUUAGAUCUCAGCUCCUUGUGUGGCUUGGAGCAGCUGCACUGUGAGCGGAACCAGCUGAGGGAGUUGACCCUCAGUGGCUUCUCCCUUCGAACUCUCUACGCCAGUUCCAACAGGCUGACAGCAGUGAAUGUCUACCCAGUCCCCAGUCUGCUCACUUCUCUAGAACUCUCCCGAAACCUGCUAGAAUGUGUUCCUGACUGGGCCUGCGAUGCAAAGAAGAUAGAAGUAUUAGAUAUGAGCUAUAAUCUUCUCACUGAGGUUCCUAUGAGAAUUCUAAGUAGCUUGAGCCUUAGGAAAUUGAUGGUGGGACACAACCGUGUGCAGACCCUGCCGGCGCUGGUGGAGCACAUCCCCCUGGAGGUGCUGGAUAUUCAGCAUAACAUACUCACCAGGCUGCCAGACACUCUGUUCUCCAAGGCCUUAAAUCUCAGAUACUUGAAUGCGUCUGCAAAUAGUUUGGAGUCUUUACCAUCCGCCUGCGCUGGGGAGGAGAGUCUGAGCAUGCUGCAGCUGCUUUACUUGACCAGCAAUCUCCUGACAGAUCAGUGCAUUCCUGUCCUGGUAGGACACCCUCACCUGCGAAUCUUGCACCUUGCAAACAACCAGCUACAGACCUUUCCUGCAAGCAAACUAAGUAAAUUGGAGCAAUUGGAGGAACUAAACCUAAGUGGCAAUAAGCUUAAAACCAUCCCCACAACCAUAGCCAGCUGCAAAAGGCUGCACACCCUUGUUGCACACUCCAACAAUAUCAGCAUUUUCCCAGAGAUCCUGCAGUUGCCUCAGAUCCAGUUUGUAGACCUAAGUUGCAAUGACUUGACAGAAAUCCUGAUCCCAGAGGCAUUGCCUGUUACAUUACAAGACCUUGACCUGACUGGAAAUACAAAUCUGGUUCUGGAGCACAAGACUCUGGACAUAUUUAGCCAUAUCACAACCCUGAAAAUUGAUCAGAAACCUUUGCCAACCACAGAUUCUACAGUUACAUCAACCUUCUGGAGCCAUGGACUGGCUGAAAUGGCAGGGCAGAGAAAUAAGCUGUGUGUAUCUGCCCUCGCCAUGGAUAACUUUGCCGAGGGAGUGGGAGCUGUGUACGGCAUGUUUGAUGGGGACAGAAACGAGGAGCUCCCUCGCCUGCUCCAGUGUACGAUGGCUGACGUGCUGUUGGAAGAGGUGCAGCACUCAACAAAUGACACUGUUUUCAUGUCUAACACCUUCUUGGUAUCUCACAGGAAACUGGGAAUGGCUGGCCAGAAGCUGGGCUCCUCUGCCCUCCUGUGCUACAUCCGCCCCGACACUGCCGACCCCACAAGUAGUUUUAGCUUGACUGUGGCCAACGUUGGCACAUGCCAAGCAGUCCUGUGCCGAAGUGGGAAGCCACUGCCACUCUCUAAAAUCUUCAGCCUGGAGCAGGACCCAGAGGAGGCACAAAGGGUAAAAGAACAAAAAGCCAUCAUCACUGAGGACAACAAAGUGAAUGGUGUGACCUGUUGUACCCGGCUGCUGGGCUGUACAUACCUCUACCCCUGGGUCCUCCCCAAGCCUCACAUUUCUUCCACUCCACUUACCAUUCAAGAUGAGUUGCUGAUUCUAGGAAACAAAGCACUAUGGGAACACUUGUCCUACACAGAAGCUGUCAAUGCAGUGCGUCAUGUACAAGACCCGUUAGCAGCUGCCAAGAAGCUGUGCACAUUAGCACAGAGUUAUGGUUGUCAGGACAACGUAGGGGCCAUGGUGGUCUAUCUGAAUAUUGGCGAGGAAGGCUGCACAUGUGAAAUGAAUGGGCUCACCCUGCCUGGGCCUGUGGGAUAUGCCUCUACCACCACAGUCAAGGACAUGCCAAAGCCAACCACUCCCUCCUCUAGCAGUGGGAUCGCCUCUGAGUUCAGCAGUGAGAUGUCCACCUCGGAGGUGAGCAGCGAGGUGGGGUCCACCGCUUCUGAUGAGCAUAACGCCGUGGGCCUGGAUGCCACCUUGCUCCCACGGCCAGAAAGGCGCUGCAGCCUCCAUCCAGCACCCAGCUCUGGGGUUUUUCAGCGCCAGCCUUCUUGUGCCACCUUCUCCAGUAAUCAGUCUGACAAUGGCUUGGACAGUGAUGAUGACCAGCCCGUUGAAGGGGUCAUAAGCAAUGGCAGCAGGGUAGAAGUGGAGGUAGACAUCCACUGCUGCAGAGGGAGAGACCCGGAGAACACCACUGCUCUCGCAGGGAAUCCUCCUGUCCCGUGUCCCGAGGAACAUGCCAGAGGGCUGGGCUUUGGGAUCCGAAGACAGAACAGUGUGAAUAGUGGUAUCCUCCUGCCGAUGAGUAAGGACAGGAUGGAGUUACAGAAGUCUCCUUCCACCUCCUGUCUCUAUGGAAAGAAACUCUCCAAUGGCUCUAUUGUGCCUCUGGAAGAUAGCCUGAACCUCAUCGAAGUGGCCACAGAAGCACCCAAGAGGAAAACUGGCUACUUUGCUGCCCCUACUCAGCUGGAACCAGAGGAUCAGUUUGUUGUACCCCGGGACCUGGAAGAAGAAGUAAAGGAGCAAAUGAAACAGCACCAGGAAAGCAGGCUUGAGCCUGAGCCCAGGGAAGAGGAUCGGACCGAGCCCCCAGAGGAGUUUGACACAGCGCUGUGACCCCGCCCCCACAGUGGGCACGGUGGGAGAGGAGGCUGUGUGGAGUUGGCGUGGGACCCUGCCAGGGGCAUUUUGUCUCUGCAUUUCUAAACCACAGAUGCGUGGGGUAGAACUCGGAGCCAGAAGCGCGAGAGUGAUCAGGGUCUGGCUCUGGAUAAGCUAGUAGCCACCAUCAGUGUUAAGUUUCACAUUUAACCUGUGAGGGAAUUCCCAGAGUUAACUGGGAAGAAAGCAGUCCUACCACCUGCCAUUAACCCUUUCUCUCCUAGGAUCACUUUGAGAAUUUGCCUGCCUGGGCAGGAAAGGGACUAUUCUGUGGAGGAAGUAACUGAAGGUUGAUUCCCUACACUAAUUGCUGCUGAUGGAUCUCUGUGACAGAGAAAUCACCUUAUCUCAGACUAACUCAUGGGGUAUGAUGUGACUAGUCACAUGGCUUUUCCUUCUUCUCUACGAGAAUACAGCCUAUCAAAAUGAUGUCCAUUGGAAAUGUAGAACCAAUCAAACAAUUAAUUUAUGUAUGUAAUGUAAUGAGAGCACUUUUCAUUGACUGUGAACUUUUUAUUUUUGAAUCUGCACUCGAGCCACUCUUCUUAGAAGAAACCCGGCACCCUUUGUCCAUAGGCAGAGAGCUAAUCGGGUACUUCUCUGAGGGUACUUGGAAGGGCCUUGGGAAAUAUUUUAACUGUUAGAUGUCAGACUGUGAAAAGCUCCUGAGAAACUUGGGGUAGCAGGAUCUUCUUUUGGGGAAGAAGAUGGAGAAGUGAGGACUAAGACCACAUCUCCCCCAAAUCAAAGAAAAUUACCCCUUGACAAAUGUGAAACCUGCUAGGAGUUUCCCAGCAGAUUGCAAGGGAGGCAUUUGGGGGUUGGCCUAUGUCCCUGAUGAGUGUCAGCCUCCCAACUGCCUGACGCUGCUCGUGUCGGUGACCUUGAGUUAUGGCAGAUGACUGUGAAACAGACUGAGGCCACAAGAGAACAGACAGAUUGAGCUCACAGGUUAGAGCAGAGGGAUAGCUUUCGAGAAUGUUGGAAGUGAGCUGAGAACUCACCUCUUGAAUGUUAAACAGUAUACGCUUCUGAAAACUGCUCAUUUCACCUUAUGUGGUUUUGAUACUAACAUAAGAAAGAUACUCAGUUGAGAAAUUCUUAAGCUUACAGAA